GGUACUGGUCGUGUUGAAGUGUUCUACAAUGGACAAUGGGGGACAAUCUGCGAUGAUCGUUGGGACAUGAGGGACGCAAGGGUUGCAUGUCGUCAACUUGGGUACCUGGAUGCUGCCGCAUCUUUUGAAGGCCACCAGCUUAUUGACGGUUCAGGACGUAUAUGGUUAGAUGAAGUCAACUGUACCGGUAGAGAAGAAAAUAUAUCGAGAUGUGGUCAUUCUGGAUGGGGAAAAAAUAAUUGCGGGCAUCACGAAGACGCUGGAGUGAAUUGCAGUAACACAGCAAGUAAGCCGGUCACAAUAAGGUUACAAGGACCAAAAAGUGAAAAAGGUACAGGUCGUGUUGAAGUACUCUACGACAGACAAUGGGGAACAAUCUGUAAUAAGGGAUGGGAUAUGAGAGACGCUAGGGUUGUGUGUCGUCAACUAGGUUAUCCAGAUGCUGUCAGAUCUCUUAAGGGUUGGAAGAUUCCGUCUGGCCCUGGACGUGUAUGGUUAGAAGACGUCGAUUGUACUGGAAGCGAAGAAAAUAUAGCAAGAUGUAUUCAUCCAGGCUGGGGGAAACAUGGUUGCGAUCAUUCAAAAGAUGUUUGGGUAGAAUGUAGUCUUGCUUCACUAAGAUUGCAAGGACCAUUAAGCACCGUUGGUACUGGUCGAGUUGAAGUAUUCCACAGUGGACAAUGGGGAACAAUCUGUGAUGUUGAAUGGGAUUUCAGAGAUGCCAGAGUUGUGUGUCGUCAACUUGGCUAUGUCGACGCCGUUCGUGCUCUUCAAGGGCACCAGAUUCCUCAUGGUUCUGGACCAACAUGGUUAAAUGAGGUGGACUGUAUUGGGUCAGAAGGGAACAUAACAAGUUGUCCUCACAGCGGGUGGGGAGUUCAUGGUUGCUUACAUCAUGAAGACGCUGGAGUUGAAUGCAGUACAACAGACAAACCUGUUUUGCUGAGGUUGCAAGGGCCACUGAGUGCAAGAGGUACUGGUCGUAUUGAAGUGUUCUACAAUGAAACCUGGGGUGCAAUCUGUGAUUAUGGAUGGGAUUUCAUGGAUGCAAGGGUUGCAUGUCGUCAACUUGGCUAUCCAGAUGCUGUUAGGGCUCUUAAAAGAAGCGAAGUUCCUUCUGGUUCCGGGAAGAUAUGGUUAAUCAACGUCUUUUGUACAGGGGAAGAACGGAAUAUAACAAGCUGUACUCAUCGAGGCUGGGGCGUUCAUCCUUGUUCACAUUUGGAAGAUGCUGGAGUCGAAUGCCGCACAUCCGAUGAGCCUGUAUCACUGAGGUUACGAGGACCAUCGAGUGCAAAUGGCACCGGUCGGGUUGAAGUACUCUACAAUGGAACCUGGGGAACAAUCUGUGAUGAUAAAUGGGAUUUUAGAGAUGCUAGGGUUGCAUGUCGUCAACUUGGUUAUCCUGACGCCGUCAGAUCCCUUCAAAGGGAGGAGGUGCCACCUGGGUCUGGACGUAUUUGGUUGGAUGACAUCGACUGUAAUGGAGAAGAAGAUAAUAUAACACGAUGUAUUCAUCGCGGAUGGGGAAUCCACAAAUGCGAUCAUGUUAAAGACGCUGGAGUGGAAUGCAAUACAACAGACAAAGUUCCACCUCGUAAGAGAGUUCUACUGAGGUUGCAAGGACCAUCGAGUGGAAAUGGUAUUGGUCGUGUUGAAGUACUCUACAAUGGAGAAUGGGGAACAAUCUGUGAUGAUGGAUGGGAUAUGAGAGAUGCUAGGGUUGUGUGUCGUCAACUUGGUUAUAAAUAUGCUGUAAGAACCCUUCCAAGUCACCAAGUUCCUUCUGGUGCUGGACGGAUAUGGUUGAACAACAUCAAUUGUACUGGAAAAGAGCGAAAUAUAACAAGUUGUUUCCACAAAGGAUGGGGAUCUCACAAUUGCGACCAUUCGAAAGACGUUGGAGUGGAAUGCACUAACACAAGUAAGCCUGUUUCACUGAGAUUACAAGGACCAUUGAGUGGAAAUGGUACUGGUCGUGUUGAAGUAUUCUACAAUGGACAAUGGGGAAGAAUUUGUGGUAAUGGAUGGGAUAUGAAAGAUGCUAUGGUUGUAUGUCGUCAACUUGGUUAUAGAUAUGCUGUUAAAACUAUUCGAAGUCACCAGGUUCCCUCUGGUUCUAGUCAAAUUUGGCUGUCUGAAGUUGGUUGCACUGGGGAAGAGCAAAAUAUAACAAGUUGCUCUCACAAAGGAUGGGGAAACCAUAACUGCAACAAUUCAGAAGGCGUUGGAGUAGAAUGUUCUAACACAGGUAAGCCUGUUUCACUGAGAUUACAAGGACCAUUGAGUGGAAAUGGUACUGGUCGUGUUGAAGUGUUCUACAAUGGACAAUGGGGAAGAAUUUGUGGUAAUGGAUGGGAUAUGAAAGAUGCUAUGGUUGUAUGUCGUCAACUUGGUUAUAGAUAUGCUGUUAAAACUCUUCGAAGUCACCAGGUUCCCUCUGGUUCUGGUCAAAUUUUGUUGUCUGAAGUUGGUUGCACUGGGGAAGAACAAAAUAUAACAAGUUGCUCUCACAAAGGAUGGGGAAACCAUAAUUGCAACCAUUCAGAAGGCGUUGGAGUAGAAUGUACUAACACAGGUCCUUGUCCUAGUGUCGAAGAUGGUACACAUGAAGUGUAUGGCAUUUUCAAAUGGCCUGAAACUCCGGUUGGAAAAGUUUCUAAACUUGCUUGUCCUUAUAACAACGAGUCCACUGCAAGUCGGGAAUGUUUGCAUUCAAACCGAACCAAGGGUGGAAGUAUCUGGGGUGAUAUUGUGGCAAGUAGUUGCAAAUUUCAAAACAAACGAAGCAGAGAUCUCUUUCAAUUGUCACAGGAAGUUGUCGAUUUCGAAAACGUGGUAAAUGUCACCCAGGAAGUGAGAAAUCUUUCCUUCGUUAAUCCUGAAAAGACUCUUCAAUCUGGGGAUAUUAGCAACAUCGCUACGAUACUUCAGAAAAUUGUUAAGGUCAAACAGAAAUCUAGCGAGGUUUCUGACGAUUUCCUCACGACAGUAGACAAUGUCUUGGAUAACAGAGAGGAAGAUGUGUUUCAAAGUCAACAGGAACACAAUGCUUCUUCAAGGAUCGUCAGAGCUUUGAAUGAUUUCGCGGAAACUUUGCCCCUUGAUGAAGAAGGCAAAUUCAAAAAAGUUAAAAGAAAUUAUGCUAUUAAUCUGCAAGCACUACAACCACAAAAGUUUAACGGAAUAACGUUUUCUGGGAUGGUAAGGAGAACAGAAAAGGUGUCCUUGGAGAAUAUUAACACGUCAAUCAAAUUUGAUGCAUGUUUCCAGUGCACUUCAACGACAUCAUUCGUGAUCCCAGAAACAAUAUUCGAUGAAUCAACAAUUACAAUGAGUUCAGAAAACAAGACAUUUUUUUUUGUCUUUUAUAAAGAAGCCAAAUUUUUUAAAGCAACUUUAGCAGAAACCACGAGACGUUUGAAUAGCUUUGUUAUUGCUGGGAGCGUUAAGAGGACUCCAGUUGCAAAUUUGAAGACGCCUGUUAAAAUCGCUUUCCAGAGAACGUUUCCAGGAGACACAAAUACUACUUUGUGUUCUUACUGGGAUUUUAGUCUUCAAAAUUGGUCACAAGAAGGUUGUUGGUUUGAAAGAGUCCUUAACGAUGACAGAGUACUUUGUAAUUGUAACCAUUUCACCAACUUUGCGAUGUUAAUGGAUAUUAGUCCCCCAGUGGGGGCCUACACUUCACAUGACGAAAUACUUAGUGUAGUCAGUACUAUUGGAUGUGCGCUGUCAUUGGUUGGACUGGUGUUGACGAUAAUCACGAUACUGCUAUUCAGAGAACUCCGCACAAAAAUUCCAAGCCAGAUUUUGCUAAAUUUUUGUAUUGCUUUGUCGUUGCUGUUAAUUGUAUUCCUGGUGUAUACCGAGUUGCCCAAAACGUCACCAGUAUCUGGCUGUCGAGCAGUGGCAGUCGCCUUGCAUUACUUCUUGUUAGCAGCAUUCUUGUGGAUGGCCGUGGAAGGGUUUAAUAUGUAUCUGGCUUUUGUUAAAGUGUUUCCUUAUUCGUCGCCUUCAAAGUUCAUGAUGAGGUGCUGUUUAUUUGCCUGGGGCGCACCUGCUGUUAUCGUGGCGAUUACAAUGGUGGUAGCUUUGGAUAAAUAUGGCGACAAAAAUUACUGUCGACUACAAGGCUUGCCAUUCAUUAUAGCAUUUUUCACUCCAGCCGUUGUGAUAUUUGUUGGUAAUACAGUGGCUUUCUGCCUUAUCAUGUAUUCAUUGCUUACUUCCGGUACCAAAGUUACUUCUGACCGCAAAACAUCGGGUUUUCAGCAAGCUAGACAAGGAAUAGCGAUCAUGGUCUUGCUUGGUUUGACUUGGCUUUUUGGCAUUCUCGCCAUUGAUGAUGCUAAACUCCUGUUCCAGUAUUUGUUUUGCAUUUUCAACUCACUUCAAGGAACUUUCGUGUUUAUUUUUUUCGUUAUUUUACGUGCUUCUACAAGACAACAACUGCUAAAGUUCUUCAGGAAAAAGAGCACAGGCAAAAAUCGCAAUCUUGAAAUGAACCUACUCACGAGUGAAAAGUCACAGCAAAAUAACUUAGACGAUGCCACAAUUGGUACAGACCUGUAGAUAGGUUCCUAAAUCCAACCAUAUGAAAUCUGAGAAAAAGGUUCCUUGACUAAGUUUAUAUAACCCGCCGAAUGUUUUAAAACAGAACUUCUUCCUUGCACACAUUCUGAAGAUACAUUAUAAUUUUGAAUUUAACAACUCUAUAGCUCUAAAUUUUUAAAUCAUUUUAACUUGGCCUAAUGUAAAGCGACGAACAAGACUGUAAAUCUGAUGUUCGGCUAAAACGGCUCAAGAUAACUCGCUUUCCCCUUCAGAGGGAAUCACUGCAUGAGUAUGUUAUACGCACUUUUCGAACGCUCUGGUGUAAAUAAGA